GCACAUGAAGACGCAAGAAAAAACAAGUGCUGCCAUGUACCUGAUGCUCCAGACCAACCUCAGCCUCUGCCAUCAGGAACAAAGAGUUUUCGAUGCCCACGUACACAAAAGAAAGGGAACAAAAGCUUCCUUGAAGGAUGUUUUUCCAGGCCUCAGACAGGUGCACAGAUUUUCUAGUGACUUUCACACUUAUACUUUUCAUGCCAAUCUAAUGGGAUGCGAAAACAUGUGAAAUAGGGAUAUUUUCUCAUCCAUUAAUGGGUUACUUACUGCUAUCGUUAGUUCUCUAACACACGCCUGCAUCUCCUAAGCUAAAACGCAAAUGAUUAUCCAAAGGAUGUAAAGAACCAAUCUAAAACAGAUAGUUUUGUUAACUGACAAUAGCAACCGAUCAAUCUUUAGAUCAUUGAGAAGCAGUUUAGUUUCGUUAAGGCCCAAACUUUGCAGUAUAUGGAAAGAAAUCUAGAACAAGAAUGAUGAACAGGUCACUCAAAACAGCACAAACUUCUUGAUAUCAAAACAAACUUUGUGAGUUUAGACAUGUAAGUGACUGUGUAACGCUCAUUGUUUUGCUUCAAACGGAGAAAACCUUGUUGCUUAUCAGAAAGCGAUGAAGUCACCUGCAACAACUUGUAUCAAACUACACAUAUAUUGAAACACCAGCUGUUCCUUCUGAGAGGAAUAUACUCAAACAAUUUGUUUCAAGACACUCUCAACAAUUUUGUUGCCUAUCACGAUAGAGGAAAAACCGUCACCACUAAUCAACUUGUCGGGCCAUUAAUCAAGCUGUUAUUAACGGUUAUUGAUAUUAUUUCAGUAAGCGACCAAAGCAUGUGCAGAAGCAGCGCACGUAGCACAAAUUUGGCUAGAAGUAAAGAAAAUGGUAUAAAAGUAAAUAUGAAUGAAAUUCGUAAAAGUAUUUAUAAAUAUAGUAAAAUAUAGCGAUUUGUAAUAAAACUAUAAUAGACAGAGAAAAACUAGUCUACUUUUGUAUAUGAAUAAAAUAUGAUAUUUUGGUUAAUUUUUAAAAUUUGUUAAAAAAGAAAUGUCUCAUUAAAAAUUUUCAUUUUUUUUUUCAAAUAUGAAAAUUUGAAAGGGAGUUUGAUAACUCAAGAACAAUUUAAAAUAAUUUCCCUUCAAAUAAUUGCUUAAAGUGAAAUUUAAUUCAAAAAAUAUGAUAUGAUGAUAAAUAAUUAAUAGGAAGACAACAGAAUUAAGGAUACGGAUUCGACUCUAUAAUUUGCCGGUAGAUUCGUUUACAUUUUGCCACGAAGCAUUAACUCAGGACCUCCUUGCAUGUAGUUUCCCGCCACGUAUCAUCGACGACGGGACGGCGGUGGUUUCUCGACGGGGAUGUUUAAGGAUCGUAUUGUUGUAGUUUAGCUCCUUCAAACAAAAUGGAUUCCGGAAGUUUGUUCGCUUCUGCCGCCAUUAACAUAGGCUUGGCCUUAAUAGUUCUCUCCAUCUUCUCCAUCCUCAAGAAGCAGCCAUCAAAUGCCGCUAUUUAUUACGCUCGCCGACUCUCUCUCCGCCACCGCAUUUCAUUUGAACCUUUCACUUUCCAUCGACUUCUCCCUUCCGUCGCUUGGAUUCCUCGGGCUUUUCGCGUCUCCGAAGAUGAAAUACUCUCUUCCGGUGGCCUUGAUGCCCUCGUUACCAUCAGACUCUUCAAGCUCGGCAUUACUUUCUCUUUCGUGAGCUCUCUUAUUGGGUUGGUCGUACUUCUCCCCGUAAAUUACUUCAGCCAGGAUAAGUCGUCCGGGAGCUACCAUUCUCUGGAUUCUUUGACAAUAUCCAAUAUCAGAGAAGGAUCUGACUUGCUUUGGGUACAUUUUUCAUAUUUAUGCUUCAUAUCAUUUUAUGGAAUAUACCUCUUGCAUAAGGAGUAUAAGGGGAUAUUGGUUAAGAGAAUUCAACAACUUAAGAGCAUGAGACAACGGUCUGAUCAGUUUACUCUUCUAGUUCGUGAAAUUCCUUUAUGCAUUGAACACAAGGCUCAUGGGUGUAAUGUUGAGCACUUUUUCUCAAAGUAUCAUCCACGUACUUAUCAUUCUUACCAAAUAUUAUCUGAUGUAAAAGAGCUUGACCAUUUGUUGAAGAAGGCGAAGUCUAUCAUGGGAAAGAUUGAGGAAGGAAGAAAAAAGUUCGGUUUUCUGAAUGAUAAGAGAGAGCCCUUGCUCUCAUAUACAUCUCAGCAAAAUGCAAUGAAGAUAGCUCUCCUUGAGGAAAAGCUUCGGAAGUAUCAUGAUAUAAUUCAUAACUUGCAGGUCCAAACUGCAGCUAAGCACAAGGAGCUUCCUGUAGCCUUUGUUACAUUCAAGUCUCGUUUGGGUGCUGCAUUGGCUUCUCAGUCACAACACUCCUUAAAUCCUCUUAUGUGGAUCACUGAGUUGGCUCCAGAACCAAGGGAUGUAUCAUGGAAGAAUUUGGCAAUCCCUGUUAGACUUUUGCCCAUUCGUGAAUUUGGAGUUAUUGUUGGGGCAUUCCUUCUUACGAUUUUCUUUGCAAUCCCGGUCACUGCUGUUCAAGGAAUAGCCAAAUUUGAGAAAUUAAAGAAGUGGUUUCCACCAGCCAUGGCAAUAAACAUGAUACCAGGAUUAAGCUCCAUUGUGACGGGUUAUCUUCCCAGUGCAAUCCUAAAUGGAUUUAUAUAUGUGGUCCCUUUCGCAAUGCUUGCAAUGGCCAAACUAGCCGGCUGUGUUUCAAGGAGUAACGAGGAGAUAAAAGCUUGUAACAUGGUUUUUUAUUUUUUGGUGGGAAAUGUGUUCUUUUUGAGUUUAUUAUCAGGAUCCUUACUGGAUGAACUUGAAGAAUAUCUUACACAUCCUAGAAACUUCCCCAGUCAUCUUGCAAGUGCUGUAUCUGCCCAAGCUGAUUUCUUUGCGACAUAUAUAUUGACAAGUGGCUUAUCAGGAUUUUCUUUAGAGAUUCUUCAACCUGGUUUACUAUCUUGGGAUCUUCUAAAGUCAUGUUUAUGUUGCAGUAGAAAGGAAAAAGAAGCUUAUUUGUACUCUCUCCCACAUGCUAGAAUUAUCCCUUUUAUUUCUCUCUUCCUACUCAUUGGCAUGGUAUAUGCAGUUGUUGCACCAUUGCUGCUUCCAUUUCUCAUUGGCUACUUCUGCUUGGGCUAUGUUGUAUAUGUCAAUCAGAUUGAAGACGUUUAUGCAACCACUUAUGACACAUUUGGACUAUAUUGGCCUCACAUUCAUCACUAUAUAAUAAUAGGGAUCCUUCUAAUGCAAGUUACCAUGAUUGGCCUUUUUGGACUGAAGUCCAAGCCAGCAGCUUCCAUUUCCACAAUUCCACUACUUCUGAUAACUUUAUACUUCAAUGAGCAUUGUAAGAGUCGAUUUCUUCCUACAUUCCACUGCUAUCCGAUACAGGAGGCUAUGGAAAAUGAUGAACUUGAUGAAAAGAGCGAUGAAUUGGAAGUUAACUAUGAAACAGCAGCCGAUGCUUAUUGCCUGCCCUGUCUGCAACCUCCGGACUUCUUACUGGCAUCAGUGUCAACCUCCACACAGCAACUGAUGAGAAGGCUUUUAGUUAUUGGUGGCAUAUAUUCUUUAUUAAUCUCACCAAAGUCGCAGUUCGAAAGGAAUAUAAAUGAAGAAAUAAACAAGGUACAAGGGGCAAGUAAAAGCUGUCAUAAACAAGUGUAAAUUGGAGAUUCACAGGAUUUGUAGUGAAGGUAAUGUGAAUAUAUUUUGGGCCAAAAUACACACUGGACUCAACAUAUUUUGUUCUAUUGCUACAUUGCAUGAUCAACACCCCACCUUGAACAUAACAGUACAUUACAUGAGUAGUAUAGAGAGCUCACUGUCUCUUUAUUUUCCCCCUAACCAAAUUAUUGUUUUCUUCGUAUAUCCUCUUGACUCUCAGCUUGAAGCCUUCUGAUCAUUUAUGAACUUCUAAAAUGAAACUAAGAUAAAGCUUAAGGUUACUACAUGUGUUCUUAUUCCAUUGCAUUAUAAGAUCGAGCAUACUUUCAAGGAUGGCUGGGGAGCACUGGUGGAUGAUAUGGUUUAGGAAAUGGCUUCUUGAUGAUUGGUUGAUGAGGAAUUGGCUUGAAAAUGGGCUUCUUGUAGAAUGGUAUGUGGUGAGGAAGAAACUUGAAUUUCUCUUCUUUGGCUUCUUCUCCAUUUUUGGUGAUAUCAGCUCCUGCAUAAUGAAAAUAUGAAAAUGCUCUUAGAUACUGUUUCCUUACCUCUUCUACUAGAAUUUUAUGUACAAAUUAACAGGUGUAGUAUGACAGAACAAAACUGUGAUAUCGUUCAAAAGUGGUUGUGCAAAACAAGCAUUUUGUGCCUGAAAAUGACUGAAACGCUGACUCGAGCAUAACUUAACUCCCACAUAUUGUUGAAAGUGACCCAAAAAGAAGAAAAGGAAUUAGUGAAAAUACCUCGAGCAGGCAGAAAGGCAGCUUCAUUUUCUUCUGCUGCAUAGCAGAAGUUGGCAAGCAAAAACAAGGAGAGAAAGACGGCCAUACAAAUGGAAAUAGUCUUCAUUGCAAAAGUAGAGAGGUAAAAGGUGGCAGAGCCAAAUUUUGAUUUGGAAGUGCUUAUUGGUUCGGAAGGGCUUUAUUGUCCCAUUUUAUAGUGUAGCUAUGAAUGGACAAAGUGUUUACUUUGAUAGCUACUUUAGAGGGUGUGAAUUUGACUGCUGGCUUAGCUAAAACUAUUCAUGAUUUUUUAACCUUUCUUCAAAGGGCCUUUAAAUUAAAGGUUUGUUUAAGAGUCGGUAAUCUCACCCGCUUGUUCUGCUUAGUAUUUAUUAUCAUUUAAUCCAAUUUCCAGCUGCCA